AUGGCAGUUACACCAGGAAGAUCCUUGAGGCGAUUGAACCAAACAUCACGAUUGGAUGAAAAUCAUUCUCCUUUGCAGGUGUCUCAGGCAGGGUGGAUCCAGCUAGCUGGGACUGAUGACAGGUUGUCUGACAAGAAGAUUAGAAGAUCGAUUUCCAGGUUUGUAGCGGCCUCAAGUGGCAAGGAGGCCUAUGUCAUCUCUCUGUACAUCGACAACCCACUGCUGAUCGGAGGCAAGAAGUUUGACCUGCGUCUCUAUGUGUUGGUUACCACCUAUCGACCUCUCAAGUGUUACAUGUAUAAACUGGGUUUCUGCCGGUUUUGCACAGUGAAGUACACCCCCAGCACUAGUGAACUGGACAACAUGUUUGUGCACCUGACCAAUGUGGCCAUUCAGAGACAUGGGGAUGACUAUAACCAUGUCCACGGUGGGAAGUGGACAGUCAGUAACCUGCGUCUGUACCUGGAGAGCACCAGGGGGAAGGAGGUGACCAGCCGACUGUUUGACCAGAUCCACUGGAUCAUGGUGCAGUCCCUAAAGGCUGUCGCUCCCGUCAUGAACAAUGAUAAACAUUGCUUUGAGUGUUAUGGAUAUGACAUCAUCAUCGAUGACAAGCUGAAGCCAUGGCUUAUUGAGGUUAACGCUUCUCCGUCGCUCACCUCCAGCACAGCCAACGACCGGAUCCUGAAGUACAAUCUGAUCAAUGACAUUCUCAACAUCGUCACACCCAACGGGGACAUUCCCGACUGCCGCUGGAACCGCAGCCCACCCCGAGAGGCCCUGGGCAACUACCAAGUCCUGUACGACGAGGAGCAGGCGCUGAGCGAGAAUGCAGAACGUGACCUACGGAGUCGCUCAGGCCAGUCGCUGGGGUCUAAGGGAACGGCGAAGGUGGGCACCGGGCCUCGCCCAGCUGCCGCCACCUGGAAGUGAGGUGGUAAUGUCCAACGCCUCACUGUGCCUCACUGUCCCUUCACUGACCUCUGACUGACCUCUCGUUGCGCUUCCUGUGUCAUUCAUGGGGGAAAGGGGGUCGGGGGCAAGGGACAACCCAGACAGAGGGAUGGAAGGAUGACAGGGAGGGAGGGAGAGGACCCAGUAAGCUCUGAGGACCCUGCCAUGUAUCACAAGCAAGGACACGUGUGUGUGUCAGUAAAGAAAGGGUCACACACACUCACGUUUAGCAGAAGCUCUGUAUAAUACACUAAAUAAUAGCAUUUAUCAACCUUUUAUAUAGCAAUGGGAAAGGGACAUUCUCAGAUGACUGUUAGAGGAUUUCAUCAAUGCAUUGAAUAAUGUUUACAUAUAUUGUUGUGGAAUUGUCUGACUUUAAUGAUUUUUAUGUUUUCAAGCAGAAUAUUUGCUAGGUUAAGACACAUUGACGUGUGUAAUUAUUCUGUUCAUGUCUGAAAACCGACAGGUUUCACCUCUUUAUUUUGAAAUGUAUGACCCGAAAAGCAUUUGCUAUUUGUUGACUGUAUAAAACAUAGUGUAAUGGACAAUGCUAACAACAAACAAAAGUAAGACUGUCACGUUCCUGACCUGUUUUCUGUUAUUUUUGUAUGUGUUUAGUUGGUCAGGGCGUGAGUUGGGGUGGGCAUUCUAUGUUUUGUGUUUCUAUGU